CCGCUAGAUCUUUCCCCGGAUGAUUGACGAAAGAAAGUACUGUAGCCGCUAUGACGUUUUUCCGACCCCGGACCAGAAGCUUUCUUUUUGUUCGUGAUGAAGGCUCUUUAUGCCUGGCAUUGACUUCGAAGACCUUGGCUGAACGUACCAGGUAGUCCAUCGAGCCAAUUCGUCUUCGAGAGUCGGCAGAACGUGAAUAACCAACUCCUAAGCCCUGAACAAGGAGGAACAAUCGAGCACGUGGACAGAUUGAACAACUUGGAAUCUGUCAAACAUUCUACCCCACCCAAUUUCACCGCGUCCAGCUUUGCUUGGGGAAAUCGUCGAGAUGAGCGGACAGGUACCGAAGGUUGACAGCCUCAAGCAUGUCUAUCAAGGAUCAUCGACAGGAGAAGCUGUUCCCGCUGACCUCCAACGUCGAUUCGAUAACCUGAUCAAAUCUUUCAAGACUAAAUAUGGUCAGAAGCCGGAUUUCGUGUCACGGAGUCCAGGUCGGGUCAACAUUAUUGGCGAACAUGUUGACUACUCACUGUACAACGUCCUGCCAACGGCGGUGACUGUCGAUGUGCUUAUUGCUACUCGAGUCGUCAAGGGCAGCAGUAACAUCACAGUUGCCAAUGUGAAUCCUCAGAAAUACCCUUCAAAAGAGAUCAGUGUCCCCAGCUCGGGGGCGAUUGAUGUCGACACGAAGAACCAUUCGUGGACCAAUUACUUCCUUGCUGGGCUGAAAGGAGCCCUACAGUACCUCCGAGACAAGCUUGGUGACUCGUUCAAGACCAAUGGCAUGGAACUGUUGAUCGAUGGCAACGUUCCAGCUGGCGGGGGACUGUCAAGCAGCGCUGCUUUUGUCUGUGCUGCUGCGUUGGCGGUCAUGGCCGCAAACGACUAUGAUAUCUCCAAGCAAGACCUCCUGGACCUCUGUAUCGUCUCGGAGCGUGCUGUUGGUGUCUUCUCAGGGGGCAUGGAUCAAGCGGCUUCCAUCUUCUCUGAGAAAGGUUACCUUUUAUAUUGUCAAUUCUUCCCGAGUUUCUCUGCCGAGCACGUUCCUGUUCCAACUGCUGACCCUGAAUUCACGUUCAUGGUCGCACAGUCUUUCGUUACCUCUGAUAAGGCUGUCACGGCUCCAAUCCACUACAACUUGAGAGUUGUGGAAUGCACACUUGCCUCGGUGGUGCUGGCAAAAUUGCACGACAUCACACUGAAUCCGGACGACAGCUCCCUGGGAUUCAGUUUGCGAAAUCUGCAGGAGGAAAUCAUGAAGAAGGAUGGUCGCAGAGACGAGCCAAUGGCGCAUCAAGUUGCUUCCAUGGUCGAGAUCACCAGAUCCAAGCUCGACAGAGAGAGUUAUACCAGAGAUGAUAUUGCCGAUAUCCUUGGAAUAUCUGUCGAACAACUGGAGAGGCAAUAUAUGUCCAAAUUCCCAAUCCGUGCCGACUCUUUCAAGCUGCGGCAACGCGCCUUGCACGUCUUAGAGGAGGCUGGUCGUGUUCUUGAGUUCCGGGAAGUGCUCACCAAGUCCGGAAAGCUCGAUAAGGAGAAAGUCCUACAACUCGGUGAGCUGAUGAACAACACUCAGGCUUCUUGCAGGGAUUUAUAUGAGUGUUCCUGUCCUGAAAUCGACGAGAUAUGUUCUAUUGCACGCAAUGCUGGAGCUUAUGGUACUCGACUCACAGGAGCUGGCUGGGGCGGCUGUACUGUACAUCUGGUGCCUCAGGACAAGGUUGCGGCCGUGACUGAUGCCCUCAAAAAGGAGUACUACGCCAAAAAAUUUCCCGACAUGAGCGAAGAGACUCUUCAGGAAGCCAUUGUUAUCUCCAAGCCGAGCCAAGGGUCGUCUCUGAUUGUCGGUGGUGCGCUCGAUGUUUGAGGGGACAAAGGCAUGUCUCAACUGUCUCUAGAUGACGAGCCUAAAGCAGUAUAACGACUGGUAGGUCGCGCAAGCGACAAUGGCAUCUUUGCUCAAUGCGUUCCUAUCGCGAGACAGAAGGCAUUUGUUCUCUGGACUUCCGGAGCGUGAUAGAAGAGACAGCAAUUUUCCUCUGUGCACAAUGCCCCCGACGCCUGGAUAUCUCAAUAUUUGUCCUGUUGUCCUUGGACGCCAGGUUCAACACAUUCUGAUCAAAUUACUUCCUGCAUCCGUACCUACUGCCUGUGAUCGCAUAUGUAUGCGAUCUUAUCUUCGGAGGACUGUU